CUUCUGUCCUCUUGGGGUCACCCAGAUCUCCCAUGGGUGCUGGGAUGGGUGUGGGUGCAGCUGGGUGUGGGUGGACACCAGGGACGUGCUGGGCAUGGGGACACCCUGGGCAUGGGCACACAGCAAGCUUGGGGACACCCCGUGGUGCACCCUAGGCAUGGGGACACCCUGGAUACUGUCAUGGGUGCUCCCAGGUCCCCGCUGUGCCACCCAUGGGUGCAGCCUGCAGGCUCCAUGACCCUCCUUGUGCCAAGACCCCCCAGGGACAUCGCUGGGGACCGUCACAGGCGGUGUCACCUCUGGCCAAGCCCCAGGAUGUGGGGAGGAAGCUGUGGGUGCUCGCGGGCCCCUCUGAGGCCCAUCCCCAAGGCAGGGGUGCAUCCGGGCCCCCCCCUUCCUCAUGCAUUAUCAGUGGGGACACCCGUGGGGAGAGCUCAGCAGUGCCGCGGGGACGAUGUACGGCAACAUCGAGCCCAGCCAGCCCAGGGAAGGGCAAAAAUGGGUGCUGGGGCCUGGCGGCAAGGAAGCCUGCAGCGACCCAUGCCCCAUGGAGGAGAACCCAUAUGAGCCCCUCGACCCCCCCAUCACCGUGCCAAGCCGCAAGCACCUCCCUGACCCCCCAGGUGAGCCCAUCCCUGUUGGGACGAGGCUGUGCAGCCCGAAUCGGGGCCCUGCAGCCCCGUUGGGACUGAUCGUCACCCACUCACCCUCCCCAGCGCACCCGUGCUGCUCCCAGGAGAGGCUGGUGCUGGUGGGUGCCGCGGCCCUGGGGAUCUCGGUGCUGCUCAAUGUGCUCCUCCUCGCCCUUGGCUCACGGCGCAUCGCAGCCCUGACGGUGGCCCUGGACGAAGCGGAGAUGGCGAAGCAGCCGCCGAACGUGGGUGUGUGGCUGUGCCGCGUCCCCCCCUCCCCAUUUCCACGGUGUCACUGUCCCAGGGCCCCAUGCACCCUCCCCCCCAUCACCGUCCCCCUCUCCACAGCCUCCGCGCCCUUCCUGCUGUACAACGAAGCGCACAACAAGUGCGUGGAAGCGCGCGGGCGGCAGCUGAUGGCGGCGACAUGCCAGCCCAAGGCGGCGGCGCAACGCUUCCAGUGGCUCCAUGGGGACCGGCUGCGAAGCGCGGCGGGGUCCCGCUCGUGUGUGACGGCGGCCAGGGGGCAAAACCUGUCCACAGUGUGGCUGCAGCCGUGCCGGGAGGACGGCAGGCUGCAGCGCUGGGAGUGCCGCGACGGUGCGCUGCUGGCGCUGGCCGGCCACGAUCUCUAUUUCAAUUACGGCAACAACCAGAAGCACACCGUGAUGCUCUUCAUUGGGGACCGCGAGUGGAGCCGCUGGGUCGCCCACGGCAGCAAGGACAACAUCUGCUCACGCUCCAGUUGCCCCCCUUGCUCCAGAGGCUGGACCUAUUUCGAGGACUCGUGCUAUUUCCACUCUGCGACGACGAGCACCUGGGAGACGGCGCAGCGCUUCUGCUCGACCCUGGGCACGCGGCUCCUGGAGGUGGACAGCCCCGAGGAGCGAACUUACAUCCAGACCAUUCUGCAAGACUCCUCCUGGCUGGGCAUCACGGAUAAAGAGGUCGAGGGCACCUGGAAGCGAGCAGAUGGGACCAUCCUGCCCAGGGAACAAAGCUCGUGGCACAGGAACGAGCCCAACGGCGGGCAGCAGGAGAAUUGCGCGGUGGUCCGCACGGACGGCACGUGGUUCGACUACCCCUGCACGAGCCAGCUCCCCUGGGUGUGCGAGGGGCAGCCCUGAGCCUGCGGGGGGCACCUCGAGGGUCCCCCAGUCCUCGUCACUCCCCCUGCUCCGGGCUCCCCAAAGCCCAUCUCCGCUUGCCACAUCUGACCUGCAGCACUGCAGCACGCAGCUUCGGCCUCCAGCACCUCCACUCUGGGUCCCAGAAGGAGGCUCCGGGCAAGAUUCGGUGUUGGGGGCGCACCAGGGGUCCCUGUGGGACAAUAAACGGGUGUGCAGA